GGAGCACUUGCUUCUCAAAGGGUGGAAAAUACCCACUGCCUGUGGCAGCUGCAGCAGCAAAGUAGAAGCUCUGAGAGGAAGAGAGGAGAGGCACAAUGGGCACUAUGGAGUUUCAAAAAGACCUCAGUGCGGUAGCUCUAGAAAUGCUUCUUAUAGUCCAGCCUGAGAAGAGGAAAACCAUGCAGAGGUUGCAGUUAGACAAACAGACGGACAGCCGUUCUUCACACCAAAGCCAAGGUUUUCAAACGGAUGGGAAUAGAAACAGGCCUCUGCAAUACCAAGGAAAUUACCAUCAAGGUCAGGAGGUUCAGAUGCAGCAAAUCAUUACAUCCUGCUCAGAUCAAGGUACUCAUGUAACAGUAGAGGUACAUGCUAGAAAUUCUACCCCACAGUUGUUCAAGAAACUCUCUUUUGGGAAAGGUUUUCAAGAUAAUGGAAAACGUAGGCUCCGCCCCCCCCCUGAAACAGAUCAGCAGCAUGGAUAUGAUGUUGUGGGCUUCUAUAAUAAAGAUCAGCUGUCUUUCAAGCCCAACGAUGUCCUUCAGAGUGGAAAGAGCAUUUGUGAGGGAUAUGCUGGCCUCUUUGAGCAAAUGUGCAGCAUUGCAGGGGUGCAGUGCAUGAACUUGUCUGGCCACUCCAAAGGCCAUGGUUACAGAACUGGGCAGACCUUCACAGAAGAAUAUGACCAUGCCUGGAAUGCUGUUUAUCUCGAUGGACGGUGGCAUUUGGUGGACAGUACCUGGGGGAGUGGCUCUAUAGAUGACUGCUUCAGCAAAUUCACCUUCAGAUACAAUGAAUUUUAUUUCCUUACCCACCCUGCCCUAUUUAUUAAUAAUCACUUCCCAGACAACAGCAACUGGCAACUACUCAAACCAACUGUGACACUGAAACAGUUUGAGAGCAACAUGUUGUACAAAAGUGACUUUUACAAGAUGGGAUUGCUGGCAGCCCACCCAGAAGAACCAAUUAUUCAAACAGUAAAUGGGAAAGUAGCAAUAACAGUGGAGAGCCGUUCCCCCAUGCUGUUUAUGUUCGAGUUGAAAGGGGCAAAGGAGUAUAGCUUGAUGACUCUGAAGAGGAGUGGUAUGAAUCUGGAGCUCUAUCCGCAGAAGACAGGAAGCCAUAAAUUACAGAUCUUUGCCAAGCCAUCCAAAGGCUCAGAGGAGCUCUACAACUGUGUCCUAGAAUACACCAUAGAAUGCAGCUCUGUAGACAGGAAUGUUUGCUUUCCAAAGGCACUCCAUCAACCUGUAGGACACAACUGGUCAAGCGAGAGGCAAGGGUUCCUCAAGCCUUCACAGAGAGGCCCAAUAAUCAAUACCAAUGAUGGGCGCUGUGACCUCAGCUUCAUCCUCAGUAAAGACUUGAGUGUUCUAGCCUCACUGCAUUCUGACAGCAAAAGCUUAACCGAAGACAUGAGUAGGCGCCAUAUCUUGCAGGUUUGCCAAGGAAACAAGGUCGACUUUAAGAUUCAUCUCCCUCAUUCAGGAAAUUUUGCUCUUAAAAUUUUUGCAAAGAAGAAGUCAGAUCCUGGCAAUUAUAACUACAUCUUCAACUACCUCAUCUCCUGCCCAAAUGCCGAUGUCAAGUGGCCAGUGUUUCCCCAGACAUACAGCAAGUGGGCAGAAGGCUUUGAACUGGUGGAGCCACUAGCUGGACGUCUGACAGCCAAUCGCAACAUUGAGUUCAAACUCAAGCUUCAUAGCAUUGCCAAGGCAUUUGUUCAAUGUGAAAAAAUGUGUCCCCUCUCUUUAAAUAAGGAGGGCUACUGGGAGGGAUCAUGCAGCACUUCUGGAUGCACAGAGGUGUUUGUGAUGGUGCUGGAAAAUGCCAACCACAAGUUCUACUCUCACAUCUUGAAAUAUGAAGUGGAGUCCCAGUAAGAGGCCAUUGUGAUAAGCCCACAGAACAGCAACUUUGGACAUACCAAGAACUUGUACUCUAAUUCCAGAAAUUGUGGGGUGUUGCUAGUGCCUGUGAAGCAGCAGCGAUACAAUAUAAGUAGGUCACAAGAGAGUUUUGUUCUGUUGGUAAGUUUGUAAGAAAUGUGAAAAACUCACAAACACUUACCCUUGAAAAUUCAGAAAAGAUUUUCCAGAUAGAUAAUUUCAUUAUGAUGUUCAAUAUUCUAUGAUAAUACUGCAUAACAGGGACAUUUCUCCUCCACAUCACCAAAAGAUAUGAAUGCUGAUUUAAUGGGUCUGUUCAACAAAUACUUUGUUGUGAACAAGACAGUUGAAAUUACCACUUAUUUUGGGUCAGGGGGAGAGAAGGAACAUACAGGUUGUGGCAUCAAUGUGAGUAGCUAUGGGAUUCAAGCAAGACAUGCCCUGUCUUGCUUGAAUCCCAUGACAGAUGACUGUCAUCUAAGUGGAAGUUUUCUUGUGCACUUCAUUGUCUUACAAAUAUAAAUGACACUGCGAAAUAAACAUGU